AUGUCCCCAUCCGGGCUGUCUGAGGGCGAGAGGAGGAAAGGGACAGGUGGCUACCUCCCAAUCGAAGACUAUGGCCUCAUCGGUAAUAUGAGAACAUGUGCCCUGGUGGGCAUCGACGGGAGCCUGGACUUUAUGUGCUGGCCCGACUUCGAUUCCCCCACCGUAUUCGGCCGCCUUCUCGAUGCGGAGCAUGGCGGCUACUUUAAUAUCUCCCCGACCAAGGGCGUCCAAUACACGACCAAGCAGCAAUAUCUCCCCUCGUCAAACAUCCUCCAGACCCGAUACAUUCACGAAGAGGGAGCCAUGGACCUGAUUGACUUCUUCCCGCGUCCCAAGAACACGAUUGUCCUGGCAAAGCAGAAGCAGUUGCCGUUCCGGGAGACGGUGAUUGUCCAGGAUGAAGUGAAGAAGUGGCUGGUGAGACGUGUUGAGUGUAUUAGGGGAUAUGUUGAUAUUGAUGUUGAGAUCUUCCCAGCGUUCGACUACGCCCGCGCCGAACACACGGUGGAAAUCCACAUCCCAAACCGUGGCCACGCCGAGCCAGAAUCCAAGACCGUCACUUUCUCCUCGAAGAACCUGAAGUUACAGCUAGACGUCACCAUUGACAAAGGAGACGAGGAUUCCAUAACCUGCCCAUUACUAAUAUUCACCACCGUCAAGAAGGACAAGUUGCUCGGCGAAGGUGUCGUAGCUCACAUCCACCUCGAAGAGGGCCAGGCCAUCUCCUUCGUCCUCCGCGACGACAUCCCCGACCACGUCACCCCAGACGUCACCACCGAAGUGCUGGACACGCAGCAGCAUGACACCCAGGCAUUCUGGUACAACUGGAUUUCCAAAUCCAAGUACAAGGGCCGCUGGCGCGAGGUCGUCAACCGGAGUCUGAUGAUCCUGAAACUGCUAACCUACGAACCAACUGGCGCCAUCAUCGCCUCGCCCACCUUUUCCGUCCCAGAAGCCAUUGGAGGCGUUCGUGGCCCAAGGGGCUUGGAACACGAGAAAUCCUAUCCUCUGCAUUCGAACUGGGAUUAUCGGUUCUGUUGGAUCCGAGAUUCUAGUUUUACAAUUUAUAUUCUCCUCAGGAUGGGGUUCACGGAGGAGGCGGAUUCGUAUAUGGAUUUCAUCAGUGAUCGGUUUAGGAAGUCGAGAUCGCCUGAGGGGGCUCUGCCGAUUAUGUUUACCAUCCGGGGCGAGACUGAUAUCCCUGAGAUAGAGCUGAGCCAUCUCUCAGGAUACAGAGGCAGCGCACCCGUCCGCAUCGGCAACGGCGCCGCUUUCCACCAGCAAUUCGACAUCUACGGCGAGCUCAUGGACGGCAUAUAUCUCUAUAACAAAUACGGGAAACCCGUGACUUGGGAGCAAUGGGUGUCCGUUCGGGAGAUCCUGGACUACGUGCUCACGAUCUGGAAAGCGUUUGAUCGCGGCCUUAGACUGUCGGAGAAGAGGUGUCUACCAUGCCCGAAUCGCGCGGCAUGGAUGAAGGCACGCGACGAGAUCUACGAGGAAAUAAUGAACAAAGGCUACAGUCACACCCUCAAAUGCUUCGUCCAAUCCUACGAAAGCGGCGACGCCCUCGACUCCUCCAUCCUCAUCGCCCCCCUCGUCUUCUUCAUCUCCCCCAACGACCCCCGCUUCCUACGCACCAUGGACCGCAUCCUGCUCACCCCGGAGAAGGGCGGGCUCACCAGCACCGGCCUCGUCUACCGGUACAACACCGCACAAUCCGACGACGGGGUCGGCGGCCACGAGGGCGCAUUCAGCAUGUGCACAUUCUGGCUGGUGGAAGCGAUGACGCGGGCUGGCGUGUAUGAUAAGAAGUAUUUGACGAGGGCGGUGAAUGUGUUUGAGAAUAUCCUGAGUUUCUCGAAUCAUUUGGGCAUGUUUUCGGAGGAGAUUGCGAGGAGUGGGGAGCAGUUGGGGAAUACGCCGCAGGCUUUUAGUCAUUUGGCGUUGAUUAGUGCGGCGUUUAAUUUGGAUCGCACGACGGAUGGGGGGUGA